CAAAAUUCGAUCUUUUUUUCUUGAAAUUCUCGGAUAGGAUGUCCAUGGAAGCACUCAUCCAAAGAUUUACUGGUUCAUUUCUGGACCGAAAUCAUCAUACCUACCCGGAUCUUCCUUUCAAUUUGGUUGAUGGGGACGCAAUUCAUGCGUCCCCUUCCCCGCCGACAUCGGUUGUCAGCUCGGAAGGCGAUGCAGGCGAGGAAGGCGAUUUCUCGGAUGCAACGCUUAAGCUGAUCAGCCAGAUGCUCAUGGAAGAUGGGUUGGAGAACAAACCUUGUAUGUACCAAGACUGCUUGGCUCUCCAAGCUACCGAGAAAUCGUUCUAUGACGUUCUCGGCAAACAGUACCCGCCUCAUCUGAGCUCAGAUGAUAAUUCUCCGAGGACAUGCUCUAGUGACAGUAGCAACAGCUCUGUUUCGGUCAACGAUUUCAUCGAUCAGUCCAGUUGGAUUCGGGAGAAAUUCAAACCCUCUUAUUAUGAUGAGUACACAUUCGAGUCCAUCAUGCAGUCAAUCAGUUCUCCAAAUGGCUCGGGAGACGGGUCAGUUGACUCUCUUCCAUUUCAGAUUUCAUCAGAAGCAAAAUUUGGAGAGUUAGUCCCAACUACAGAUUAUGUGAACUAUAGAUCGGAAAGUACUUGGAAGGUUUUGGAGGGUGCAGAACAGAACCAGGGGGACCAUCCGCCCCACGGGUCGAGGGAAAAGAAAACGCACAAUCGAGAAGACGCCGAUUACACAGACGGUGCUGGCCGGAGUAACAAGCAAUUGGCUAGUUUUGCUGAAGAGGCCGAUGAUCAAUUGUACGAUAAGGUGUUACUCUGUCCUCGCUUGAAUCCUCAUUUGCAUCAAGACGAGCCCUUGCACUUUCUAUGCACCGAGCACGAUGAUGAUGAUGCCUCAUCGAUUGUGGCAGGCAGGAAAUCACCGCAGAAUGGGGUGGCAGCAAAAGGAGCGAACGGAGGAGGAAGGGGGCGAGGCAAAAAACAGGGCAACAAGAAGGAAGUGAUCGAUUUGCGGACUCUGCUAUCUCAGUGUGCACAAGCUGUUGCGAACGCAGACAUCAGGAAUGCUAAUGAACUCCUGAAUCGGAUCAGGCAACAUGCUUCACCAACCGGCGAUGGCACCGAAAGGUUGGCCUAUUACUUCGCCAACGCGCUCGAGGCCCGCUUGGCUGGCACCGGGACAUCAUUGUAUGCCGCUUUUAAGACCAAGAGGAUAUCAGUUGCUGAUAUCUUGAAAGGUUACCAAGUCUUUAUGAAGGCAUGCCCUUUCAACAAGAUGUCCAAUAUGUUUGCCAACAAAUCAAUUGCGGCACUGGUUCAUG